UCUAUUUCUAAUCUUUCAAGAAACAACAUCAGAAUUUGUAAAUGCUGAAACAACUAAAACGAAAUCACAACAUUUUAAAAUAGGGCAACAAGAACGUACAACCUAUACCAAAAUUUUGAAAUUCAAACCUCCCCAUAUAUUUCUCCCAUUAUGACAACGAGUUCGUGGUCUUUUCUUACUUUUAUUUUAUUUUCACUUUCUUGCUUUAUUAUUUCUCUUUCAGAUGCAGCAAAUAAUGAUUUUAGUGUUGAACUCAUCCACCGUGACUCUCCAAACUCACCAUUUUACCAACCUUCACAAAACAAAUACCAACGUAUUGCCAAUGCCAUGAAUCGUUCCAUCAACCAUGUCAAUUUUUUCAACAAAGCUUCCCUCACCAAUUAUCCUAUAUCUACUGUAGUCCCUGAUAAAGGUGAGUAUCUCAUGAUCUAUUCACUCGGUACACCACCAACUAAGUUGUAUGGUAUUCUUGAUACAGGUAGUGACAUUGUUUGGCUUCAAUGUCACCCUUGUAUACAAUGUUACAACCAAACCACUCAUAUCUUUGAUCCUUCAAAGUCUUCAAGUUAUAAAGAUCUUCUUUGUUCAUCUAAGGAGUGUAAAUCUGUGGAAUUUAGUUCUUGUAGUAAAAAUAAUUCUUGUGAAUAUUCUAUUGAUUAUGUUGAUGGAACAAUAUCACAAGGAAAUAUUGGUGUAGAGACUCUUACAUUGAAUUCCACCACUGGCUCUUCUUUUUCAUUUCCUAAUUUCGUGAUAGGAUGUGGACAUAAAAAUACAAUGCCUUUUCAAGGUAGGAACUCUGGUGUAGUUGGGAUUGGUGGUGGACCUAUAUCUCUUUUAACACAAUUAAAUUCAUCAACUGGUGGAAAAUUCUCUUAUUGUUUGGGGCCAUCAAUGUCUAAUUCAACGAGCAAAUUUAGUUUUGGAGAUGCGGCUGUGGUUUCUGGUCCAGGGGUUGUCUCAACUACUUUAGUGAAGAAAUCUCCACCAAUUUUUUACUUUGUAAGUCUAAAUGCAUUUAGUGUUGGAAACAAAAUAAUAGGAUUUUCUAAACCACCGGUUGAAGGGAACUUCAUUAUAGAUUCAGGUGCGACAUUGACAACUUUACCAUCCGAUAUUUAUAAAAAUGUGGAAUCAACUAUAGUAGCAUUGGUUAAACUGAACCGUGUGGACGAUCCAAAUAAAAUUUUAAGCCUUUGUUAUUCUGAUAAAUCAAAUAAAUAUGUGUUUCCUAAAAUUACGGCACAUUUUAAGGGUGGAGAUGUUUGGUUGGAUUCUAUUAGUACUUUUAUUCCCGUCGCUGAUGGGGUUGUUUGUUUGGCUUUUGCCCCAUCUCAAGAUGAUAUUGGCGUAUUCGGAAACUUGGUUCAACAAAAUUUGUUGGUUGGUUAUGACCUUCAUCGAAAUACUGUUUCCUUUAAGCCUACUGAUUGUACUAAAUUGUAAAAAGAAAUGUUAUACUUUAUUUACAAUUUAA